CUCCUACUUGUCUGGAGGCGAGGAGUAGGAGGAGGAAUAGCAGGAAGGUAAAAUGACUUCACGCCCGUGUACAGAAAUGAACAAGAACGCAGCUGCGUUUUGACCUUCUUUCUCCAGCUUUUGAUCAUGUUAUGGUGUCUUUGAACGCUUCCCUGGAGAGGAUGAAGAGCAUUCUUUUGCACGGUUGUGUCGUUUUUCUGUGGAUGAUGUUGCCACAGCGGGGCGACUUGCAAAAGGUAACUGUGCUACCUGACACAGUGUCCAACUGCUGUGAGGGGGACCUUCUCCUGUUGCUGGACUCUUCAGGCAGUGUGGCCAACUACGAGUUCUCACGUCUUCUGAGCUUCUCAGCCGAGCUCCUGCGCCCCUUCUCGCUGGGUCUCGGCCAUGUAAGAGUCGGGCUUUUGCAGGUGGGAACCAAGCCAAACCUUGAGUUUGGCCUGGACGUGCACGGCAAACAAGAAAGUCUGCAGAAAGCGAUGCUGGCCGUCAAACAGCUGCAGGGGGACACCAACACCGAGGCGGCACUGCAAGUGGCCGAGCAAAUCCUGACAGGCUCACGUGUGCCCAAAAUUCUCCUCUGGCUGACUGAUGGCGUGGAGUUGGGCGAAGUGGACGGGCCCAUCGGACGGCUGAAGGCGCGGGGGGUUUCUGUGUUGAUCGUGUCUACGGUGCACGGAAACUUCCAGGUGCUGCAGCGUGCGGUUUCCCCUCCUGUGGAGUCCCACCUGUACUCGGUGGACAUUGACAACAUGGACAUCAUCACAGAAGACCUACGAGUGGCCAUCGUCAAAAUCCUACGAGCAGAGCGUCUGCGGGUGGUCCAGCUCACAUCCCACGGCGCCGUGCUGCAGUGGCGUCCUGUUCUAAGCAGACACAAUGGUCACUACGAGCUGUGGUACCACGCCAAAGACAAUACGCUCGCAGAGCCGAGACGCAUCCUCCCGGGCGACUCCGACCGGGCACAGCUGACCGACCUGCAGCCUGAGACCACAUACUCCGCCUUCCUGCGACCGGAGCCUAACCGCGGGCUUUUCAGCACACUCACUGUGAGCUUCACCACGCUUCCCGAUGUUUUAAGCCCAGCCGUGGUCUCGGUGUCAGACUCAGGACCCCAUCAGACCCGAGUCAGCUGGGCUCCCCUGCAGCCAGCUCGAGUCCAGAGGUACACAGUGGAGUACGGAGCCAUUCCGAGCGGAGCGGUGAAAAAGGUGACGGUACGAAGCCAUCAGAACUCGACCACGCUGCUGGGUCUGCAGGCUGGGACUCAGUACUUGGUCACAGUCAGCGCUUUGUACAAGGACGGCAAACAAAGAGCCAUGUCCGUGAAAGCGUGCACUGAAGAACCAGCGGCGCCCACUGCCGUCGUCGAUCUCCAGCUGACGUCAGUGCAGGACGAGGAGGUCCAGGUGGAGUGGAAGGCCCAUCAACAGGAUGUGAAAGGCUACUGGCUUAACUGGGAGAGAGGGGACGCCAUCUUGUCCACGUACCUGCCCCCGUCCUCCCAAUCCAUGCGACUCGCACGCUUGGCGUCCAGCAACCGAGUGUGCGUGUCUCCGGUGUACAGAUGGGGUCGAGGAGAGGGCGUAUGCUGCACGAGAGACAAGAAAAGAGGUUUCUCAUAGUCAUCAUGGUCGACGUCCCACUGGGGUGAGUUUUUCCAACGAGGAUGUCGUUGUGGUUUGUGCAGCCCUUUGAGGCACUUGUGAUUCAGGGCUAUAUAAAUAAACAUUGUUUGAUUGAUUAUUAUUGAUAGUUAAUUUGAACUGUGUUUAAUUAACACAAUAAAUAAUGUGUUUACGUUUUGACACUAAAAAGUGUAGAAGUUUGUUCACUUCCCGUGUUAAGGGCAGGGGUGUCGAACAAAUUUUAAAUCGGGGGCCACAUGGAGAAAAAUCUACUCCCAAGUAGGGUAUACUGGUAAAAUCACGGCAAGAUAACUUAAAAAUAAAGACAACUUCAGAUUGUUUUUUUUGUUUAAAAAUAGAACAAGCGCAUUCUGAAAUUGUACAAAUCAUAAUGUUUUGGGUUUUUUUUACACUUACAUGUUGCUGUUUAUAGUAUCAUAUCUAUCUAUCCAUCCAUUUCCUACCGCUUAUUCCCUUUGGGGUCGCGGGGGACACUGGCGCCCAUCCCAGCCGCAAUCGGGCGGAAGGCGGGGCACACCCCGGGCAAGUCGCCACCUCAUCGCAGGGCCAACACAGAUAGACAGACAACAUUCACACUCACAUUCACACACUAGGGCCAAUUUAGUGUUGCCAAUCAACCUAUCCCCAGGUGCAUGUCUUUGGAAGUGGGAGGAAGCCGGAGUACCCGGAAGGAACCCACGCAUUCACGGGGAGAACAUGCAAACUCCACACAGAAAGAUCCCGAGCCCGGGAUUGAACCCUGACUACUCAGGACCUUUGUAUUGUGAGGCAGACGCACUAACCCCUCUUCCACCGUGAAGCCUACUAUAUCUAUAUUUCUCAUAAUUUAUAUUUUCUGAAUAAAUUAUGUGAUAAUGUUCAUCAGUCAUCGGUGAUCAUUUUCAAUCUAUCAAGAUCCAAUCAAAUUACAGGAUGUUAUUUAUGUAGUUUGAUCAUUUUCCUGGACUGAUGUACUAACAUCAUGUGGUUCAUUUUGAACAUGUAGCAUCAUCUACAAAGAUACAAAGAAGUGCUAUUCCGACAUCUAGUGGACACAUUUAGCACAGCUGUUUCUUUCAUUCAAAAAUUUCAGGUUACUUUUUAAGCUUAGCAAACUCAUCCCGCGGGCUGGAUAAAACCUGAUUUAUCGGGCCGAACGUUUGACACCCCUGUUUUUUUUUUGUCCUGUCCGGCUUCUCAGGCAAAUCAUAUAGUUGAUGUAGAUGCCCAUAUUGGCUGUUCAGAUUUACUUUACAAAAGAGAAGUGUAGGAUACUUCUCUGGUUGCCUUAUUUGAAUUUGACUGUAUUAAAUGUAUUUAUAUCACCGGAGCAGGAGAGGAUAGAAAAAGAGAAAAAAGGAAGACAGAGGGGGAAAUUGUGGGGAUAAGAGGGGGAUUAGACAGAGAGACAAAAACAACAACAGCAAACACAACAAUAACAACAACAACAAUAGAACAACACCAGCACAUACAAUAUGUACAAAUAUGAUGGUAAAAGUGAUAACAAAGAAGCAGUUAGUGAAAUAAAUAAUAAUAUAGACAUGACAAUGAGCAUUUUUACACUACAACUGGAGCAAUACAAAUACCAAUAGAAAAAGCGCUAUUGAUCAUGAACAAUACCAAUAGUUUACCUCCAUUAUCAACAAUACAGUUGUUCAAAUGCAACAACACGUAUACAUAAUGAUAACUAGAGAGAUAAAAAAAAAAUAACAAAAAAGGAAUACAGAAAGAUGGAGGGGAAGAGAGAGAUGCAACCUAUAUUAAUUUUGUAGAUUGUUUAGUUACAAUGGGUUAAACACCCCUGGUUUAAGGAGUCUCCAUUUUUGAACACUGAGAGAAAAUAAUAUAUUAAAUAAUAUAUUAUUAUAUAUUGUGUUAUAUUGGACGUCGAAGGAAAAUAAAAUAAAAAGUGUCCAAAGAAAUUUGAAAACAUUUAAAAUAUGUUGCUUCAUGCCAACUUAUUGCUCUGGCUCCUAGUUAACACCUACUCAGUGGCUUAGUUGUUUGAGUGUCCGCCCUGAGAUCGGUAGGUCGUGAGUUCAAACCCCAGCUGAGUCAUACCAAAGACUAUAAAAAUGGGACCUUGGCACUCAGCAUCAAGGUUUGGAAUUGGGGGUAAAAUCACCAAAAAUGAUUACCGGGCGCAGCAAACCCCUGCUGCUCACUGCUCCCCUCACCUCCCAGGGGGUGAUCAAGGGUGAUGGUCAAAUGCAGAGAAUAAUUUCGCCACACCUAGUGUGUGUGUGACAAUCAUGGGUAUUUUAACUUUAACUUUAAUUAUGCCGCCAUCUAGUGACUACUUUUAGAAAUUACACUCAAUGACCCUUUUUGUUUCCCUAAACAGGACAAGGCUCCAAAUAUUAUGAAUUAUAGACAAUAUAAAUUAUGACUUGCUAUUUUGAAAUAAUCACCUCAUGGAAGUAAAUACCAACCUCACAUGUUAUGAAAUGCAAAUAAAUGACAUGUUGCCACAUUG